AUGAGAAAACUGCUCCCAUCACAUCAGAGACAAGCAGCAGCUCCGCCAGCAGAGAGUCGUGUGCGCCGCAUCCGCAGACGCUCAUUUCUUCCCAUCAGCUGGAGAUUAAGGAGAAGCACAUUGAACCCAGUCCUUCCUCUGACUGCACAUGACGCACACAUAUUGUCGAGGGUGGUUGGCUAAAUGAUGGAUUUCAUUACCUUACUGGUUUUGGCUGAAGAUGAAGAUGCCUUGAGCUUUAGCAAUCGACUCUGGGAUGUCUGAAGCAGCCUUUGGAUUCUAACUACCGCAUAUCAAAACAUCACAAAUAUCCCCCAAACAUUUACGAGAAACAAAAGGAAUAUGAAUUUCACCGCAGGCUUGCUGAAAAAAGAGCAUCUGCUCUCAAACGCCUUGCUGUCCUUGAACGCCUCUUUCCCCGGUGCCGAGGACUUCGCGAAUGAUGUUUUCCUCCACCAGAGUGGAGAGCUGGAGAGACUGCUGCUGCUGACAAUCAAAGAGCCCACCACUAUCGCUCUCACCGUCAUGUAUUCAUUAUCAUUUGUGGUGGGCUUCAUUGGAAAUCUCAUGGCCAUUCGAAUGCUCACCUGCCAGAAGAAUAAGAGGAUGCAGAGCAUCAGUGCCACCCAGAGUUUACUCAUCAACUUGGCAGUGUGUGAUCUGAUGGUGGUUUGCAUUUGCAUGCCCAUCACGCUCGGCCACACCAUUUACACUGCAUGGGUGUACGGAGACCUCCUGUGUCGGGCCGUUCCCUUCAUCCAGGCUGUGUCCGUGUCGGCAAGUGUCCUCAGCCUGACCGUCAUCAGCAUCAACCGAUACUACAGCGUUCACAGCCCAUUCAAUUCCCUCUCGUACUUCACCCAGAAGAAGAUCUACAUCACCAUCGUGUGCGUUUGGAUCCUGUCCUCAGCCAUUUGCGCACCUUUACUCUUCAUGAUCAAGCUGGACGAGAUCCACUUAAUCGACAUCGCCGUGCCAAUCUGCAGAGAGCUUUGGCCACAGGCGAGACUCAAGCAGGUCUACAACGUGCUCCUCUUCGUAGCUCUCUACUGCAUCCCCGUAACCUUCAACCUCAUCAUCAGUUUUCUGACGGGAAGGAAGCUCUGGAAGGCUUCUCAUCAUUUUGACGAUUUUGAUCCACGAAGCCAUGCCAUGCACGCUUCACAUCUGAAGAUGCGCAAGAAGAUCGCCAAGGUGGUGGUCACUUUGGUCCUCUUAUUCGCCGUCUCCUGGCUCCCGCUUUACGUUGCAGACAUCCUGAUUGACCGCGAGAUUCAUCCACCUCACUGGGUUCUGCAGAGUCGUCCUUUUGCGCAGUGGCUGGGCCUCACGAACUCCAGCCUCAAUCCCAUCUGCUAUUGUUUCUUGGGCGAUUUGUACCGCUCUGCCAGAGCAGUCAGGUCCAGGUAUCAUCAGAGAAUGCUUUCCGUCCUUAGAUCCUCCAGCUCUUUUAAACUGUCCAGUUUGCUUUCUCUCAAAAAGCAGAAAUCUGGCCGGCGACAGGGUGCCGUGAGCCAGGUGUCGGUGGAGACUCUUUCUGAUUGGUGUUCCAACAACAGCCAAAUGGUGUCUCUCCAAAGCCUCUCAGAGAAGAUAAUGUCUACAAGCAAUCCUGAGUUAUCAAACUUGUAGUCAGGGUGCAUAGUACCUAAAAGGACGCAGGGCACUUAUAAUUUGCUUUGUAGUACUGUCAAAAAGCAUGUGAUUCUGAUGAUUUGAUGCAACAUCAGCAUAGUUUGUAUUCAUAACUAACUGUCCACAGUUACAUUGUAUCGUUGCAUAUAUUGUACAUGAAUAAAAGUUGCUUGAUGUAAAGUGGGACUUCCUGUAAAUAAAGGACGGUUUUGUAUAGACAUCACUGACACAGAUUGCACAUAUAUGCCCAAUUAAGGCCUGUUCACACCAAGACAAAUGUUUGAAUGCGAAAAUUCAGUGCGAUAAAUAUUUUAAUUUGAAUGAACAGCUGUUCAGACCAACAUGAACAUUCGUAUGCCG